UUUGACACAUAAUCUUCAUUGACAGUGAUAUCCACAUGUGCUCAUACCGUUUACUGAAGAAGGGAUAAACUGCUUGUAAGAGUAAGAUACAUCAGGAUUUUGCCACUAGCUGCUGCUCAAAGACAAAAAGAAAAUGAAACGAUUAAGUGAUGAGCGAGCCAAAAUAUUCUUCGAGAAAUUAGCAAAAUACAUAGGGACCAAUGCGAAACAGUUGAUAGAUCGACCGGAUGGUACAUACUGUUUUCGGGAGAGCAACAACAAAGUGUAUUAUGCAUCAGAAAAGAUAAUAAAAUUGGCCGAAAAUCUAACGCCCAAACAGUUGGUUUGCGUCGGUACGUGUAUGGGCAAAUUUUCCAAAACAGACAAAUUCAAAUUCAGCAUAACAGCCCUAAACUACCUGGCACCGUACGCUCAAUACAAAAUUUGGGUAAAAUCGUCCUGCGAACAACAGUUCCUCUAUGGCAAUCACAUUCCGAAAUCUGGAUUGGGUCGAAUCACCGAAAACACACCAAAGUACCAGGGAGUUGUGGUGUAUUCCAUGAACGAUCUUCCGUUGGGAUUCGGUGUAGCUGCACGGUCGACGGCUGACUGUAAAAUGGCCGAUCCACUGGCGACUGUAUGCUUUCAUCAGAGCGAUAUCGGGGAGUAUAUUAGAAGUGAAGAUACGUUGUUUUCGACGAUAAUGUAAUCGAAUUUUACAAUUAUUUUGGAAAUUAAAACGGAAACAUUUUGAAUAGGACUUGACGUUGAUAUUUUAUUGCA